AUGUGGUUCCCGUUUCCCAAAGACCACUCUUUCGUGAUGCCUCUUUUAGCAGCCAUCGCAGCCGCACAUGGGCACUGCAUGACUCUACAUACAUCGCACCGUACGCAUAUACACGCAGAACUACAUGCAUGUCUACAGACGCACAGUUACACUCAUGCAUCAUCUCUUCUCAGCAACUUGUCCCAACUAGACAUCUACAUCGCCUUCCUAAGACUGACUCAUUUUACUCUGUCUGAGACCCAGUGCCUUCAUCCGACCGGUGUAAACAUACUUUGGGCGCUUGUCCGCACAUUUUGUCCCAUCUGCCUCGACCGACUUACCUGCCCUGGUGACCUGGUCUCCACCUGGAGGAUUACGUAUACCUAA